GGCCAAUGAUGAACAAUACAAGGCAAAGAAGCAGUUACACCCUCGAGAAUGGUGAAAUUCCAGGGAAAAUUAUAAAAGCAAUUUUUCUCUCUGUCCAAACGGCAGAUCCGAUCCGCGCUACAUUCCCAUCCCACUCUAUUCCCCCUUCAGGAUCCGUGAAACGACAUGGCUAUGGUGGACCAGCCUCUGUAUCCGAUUGCCGUUUUGAUCGACGAGUUGAAGAACGAGGACAUUCAGCUGCGCCUGAACUCGAUCCGGAGGCUCUCCACGAUCGCGCGCGCGCUCGGCGAGGAGAGGACGCGGAAGGAGCUGAUUCCGUUCCUCAGCGAGAACAACGACGAUGACGACGAAGUGCUUCUCGCCAUGGCUGAGGAACUCGGCGUCUUCAUUCCCUACGUCGGAGGCGCCGACCACGCCAACGUGCUUCUUCCUCCCUUGGAAACGCUUUGCACCGUUGAGGAAACCUGCGUCAGAGACAAAGCGGUGGAGUCGCUCUGCAGAAUUGGAGGUCAGAUGAGGGAGCAUGACUUGGUUGAACACUUCAUUCCCUUAGUUAAGAGGCUGGCUGCUGGUGAGUGGUUCACGGCACGGGUUUCGUCAUGUGGUUUGUUUCAUAUUGCCUACCCAAGUGCGCCAGAGGCGGUGAGGACUGAACUGAGAGCCAUAUAUGCUCAGCUGUGUCAAGAUGAUAUGCCCAUGGUUAGGAGGUCUGCUGCCACAAAUUUGGGAAAGUUUGCUGCUACUGUUGAAGCUCCUCACGUGAAAUCUGACAUCAUGUCUAUGUUUGAGGAUCUCACGCAGGAUGAUCAAGAUUCUGUUCGGCUACUUGCAGUUGAGGGUUGUGCAGCUCUUGGAAAACUGUUGGAACCUCAAGAUUGUGUGGCACAUAUUCUUCCUGUCAUAGUCAACUUUUCUCAGGAUAAGUCAUGGCGUGUUCGUUACAUGGUUGCAAAUCAACUAUAUGAGCUAUGUGAAGCUGUUGGUCCUGACCCCACCAGGUCAGAAUUGGUUCCCGCAUAUGUUCGGCUGCUGCGCGAUAAUGAAGCUGAAGUACGUAUUGCUGCUGCUGGAAAAGUAACUAAGUUCUCUCGUAUAUUAAAUCCUGAACUUGCCAUUCAGCAUAUUCUACCAUGUGUGAAGGAUUUAUCAACAGAUUCAUCUCAACAUGUUCGUUCUGCAUUGGCAUCUGUUAUAAUGGGAAUGGCACCAGUGUUAGGGAAGGAUGCAACAAUCGAGCAACUUCUGCCUAUUUUCCUCUCUCUUUUAAAAGAUGAGUUUCCUGAUGUCAGGCUAAAUAUUAUCAGCAAGCUUGAUCAAGUGAACCAGGUUAUCGGUAUCGAUUUGUUAUCUCAAUCUCUGUUGCCAGCUAUAGUUGAGCUUGCUGAGGAUCGACACUGGAGAGUUCGACUUGCAAUCAUAGAAUAUAUACCCUUGCUGGCGAGUCAGUUGGGCGUAGGUUUUUUUGAUGAUAAGCUUGGAGCUCUCUGCAUGCAAUGGCUAAAGGACAAGGUAUACUCAAUCCGCGAUGCAGCUGCUAAUAACAUCAAACGCUUAGCGGAAGAAUUUGGACCAGAUUGGGCAAUGCAGCACAUUAUUCCCCAGGUUUUGGACAUGGUUACUGAUCCCCACUAUCUGUAUCGAAUGACAAUCCUGCAAGCAAUUUCUCUACUAGCUCCUGUUCUGGGCUCGGAGAUUACUACUUCAAAACUUCUCCCUCUGGUCAUUAAUGCAUCAAAAGAUAGGGUACCCAAUAUCAAAUUCAAUGUAGCUAAAGUGUUGCAGUCUCUCAUUCCAAUUGUUGAUCAUUCUGUUGUUGAGAAUACUAUCCGUCCUUGUCUGGUUGAGCUCAGUGAGGAUCCAGAUGUUGAUGUUAGGUUUUUCGCAUCUCAAGCGCUACAAUCUAGUGAUCAAGUCAAGAUGUCUAGCUAGAUCAGUCUGUUGUUGCCUUUAGUUUUUUUCUUAUAAUAUUUACAUUUUCUUGUGUAAUUUGGCGUCAAGCCUACUUGCCUAAUCUUUUGUAUCACAUAUUGUUGAGAUCCAGCUUUGCUAUUUUCGUAGUGAUGAAAAUUAUCCAGAAUUGAGAUGGGUUUUGACGUCCACUAAUUCUAUGAUUUACCAAUGUGAACAAUUUGUAUGAAAUUUUGAUUACAAUGAAUAUAUUCAUUAUCUGUUUAAGAGA